CGUCCCACAGCCGGAGCCUGGCACCGAGAACACGGCGAGGAGCCCUGCGGAAGAAAAGCCAGCAGCGGGUGAACACGACGGGGAGUGGUCCGUCCUGAGCUAACAUUAGCUUUAGCCGCGUAAUCAGUCGAGGGUGUCUGUGGCUCCUACCUAACACGAGUGACGUCGACAACAUGUCGUCAGGGUCAGAGCCACCCUGCGCACAGUGGAAGCGAGGAAAGCAACUGGUCCAGAUGGCGUCCCGGGACGAGUAAUCAAGGCCUGUGCAGACCAGCUGACAGAGGUAUUCACCAAAAUCUCCAACCUUUCACUUCAGCUGUCUGUUGUUCCCUCCUGCCUUAAAACAGCCACCAUCGUCCCGGUACCCAAGAAAAGCACAGUGAACUGCUUGAACGAUUACCGCCCGGUUGCUCUCACUCCCAUCAUAACCAAGUGUUUCGAAAGACUCAUCACCCCCCUCAUGAGGUCUGCCUUCCCUGCUGGCCUCGACCAACACCAGUAUACUUACAGAGCAAACAGGUCGGCGGAGGAUGCUGUCACGAUGGCUCUCCACGCUCACUCACCUGGAUCACAGCAACACCUACGUGAGGCUGCUGUUCUUCAGUUCAGCUUUCAACACAGUCGUCCCUCAUAAACUGAUCCCAAAACUAAGCAACCUGGGCUCAGGUGGUUCACUGUGCACAUGGAUAAUGGACUUCCUCAGCAACAGACCUCAGCGUGUCAGGAUGGGAGAACACUCUUCCUCCACUCUCAUCCUGAACACAGGAACCCCACAGGGUUGUGUCCUCAGCCCCCUCCUCUUCUCCCUCUUCACCCACGACUGCUACCCCAUCCACCCCGCAACACCAUCGUCAAGUUUGCCGACAACACCACCAUCGUAGGACUGAUAAAUAACAACGAUGAGUCAGCCUACAGAGAGGAAGUCAAACGCCUGACAGACUGGUGCUCCCACAAUAACCUGGACCUACACACAAACAAAACAAAAGAAAUGUUUGUGGAUUUUAGGAAGAGAGCUGUGCUCCCCACCCUCUCCAUUGAUGGACAGGAGGUUGAGAGGGUGGAGAGCUUCAAAUUCCUUGGAGUCUACAUCACAGCUGACCUCACCUGGUCUGUCCACACCUCUAAUCAGGUGGGGAAGGCUCAUCAACACCUUUACUUCCUCAGGAAGCUGAAGCAAGCUCACCUACCUGGUCAACUUCUACAGGGCCACCAUAGAGUCCAUCCUGACCUACUGCUGUGCAGUGUGGUUUGCCAGCUGCACUGUCAAGGACAGGUGGGAGCUGCAAAGGGUGGUGAGGGCAGCUUAGAGAAUCAUCGGGACCACACUGCCCCCCCUCAGAGACAUCUACACUGGCCGACUCCAUAAGAAGGCCAGUAACAUUAGCAUAGAUCCCACACACCCGGGACAUGCCCUAUUGACACCCCCCUCCCCUCUGGUUAGAGAUACCGCUAUCUCAAAGCCAGAACCACAAGACCGUUAAACGGCUCCUACCCAUGGACUGUAAACAUCACACACACACAUGCACACGCACGCACACACACACAGUCUACCCAAGGAGAAAACAUUCACUGUGAAUUUUUUUCUGAAGCUAUAAUUUUUGCACGAAAUCAUUAUGCACUAAUAAUCAGGUUGACUGUCCUACUGUACAAAUUGCACUGUUAUUACGCUGUUACACUGUACUAUGUUUAUUCUCUUUAGCUGUGUUUUUUAUUAAA